GUUUUUUAUUUAUCAAAUAUUUUACCGUGAAAUUUCAGGCUGACUCAUCUUUUCGCACUCAGGUUUUGGAAAGCUUAAUUGCUUGGGCAGGCAAGAUGGCCGAAAAGGAGAAAGUAAUACGGAAGUUCCGGGUCAAAUACAACUUCAUGGGGGCAGAGGUAUACAUAUGCCUUUGUGGAAACGUUCCAGAGCUAGGAAGCUGGAACCCGUUUGAUGGAGUCAUCGGCGUGAAGAGGACAAACACAAAUGAUUUCACCGCUACCAUCAAAAUAGAGCGGGGAACCGCCCUAGAGUUCAAAUGGGUGACCCUGGACAUCAACAAGAGGCCACUAAGGUGGGAGGCUUUCGAGAAUAAGCGCAUCGUUGUCAACGAGCCAGAGGACGUUGUUGUUUACGACGUACAAUGGGACGUCAUUCCCAAAAUAGCAGAACGCAAACCUAAGCCGGCGUCACCUAUGUAUGCAUACACCGCGUCGCUUGUUGAACCCACCGCUGUUGCCGACCAAUGCCUUCACAUCAGUAGUACGGUGAAAUCUCCCGACAAAAAACACGUAGUUUUUGACGACGUGGCGAUCCCAACCCAGCCAUCAACACCGCCAAAGAGACAAAUACCAGUCGAAACUCCAAGAACGUUGCCCAACAUUAUCGACUCAACAUGUACACGCGCCCCGCCUUUAUGUGAAGAAAAGCCUGCAAAAAAGUUCCCAAAAUACCUUAAAUGGGCCGUCGCGAUCGGGGCCGCGGGUGUAGCGGCGGGUGUAGUGUAUUAUGUCGGCAAGCGUAUGCUGGCUUAA